GUACUCGUGGAUGUUCCUCAUAUAGAGCUGUCGUAUCUGACAACAGCUGAUCGUUUUCCUCUACUUUCACUUUAAAUAACUGAAACUGGGUAUUCACGAACUUACACAUGUUGUAAUACGUUCAGACGGAUGUGCUUAUUUGUAUGACAGCUCACGGAUUUACAGGUUUACAGUACAUUUGAUACGUAGGUCAUUAAGAUAUCAACAUGCCGAGUAAACUGACGAACCUUGAUGACAUCGUAAAGAACUGGGCGUGGUCAACGUUUGUUCAAACAAAAGGACAACACGACUACGACGACUACCAGAUACACGUCGUGUGGGACGGCGUCCAUUUCAAUACAGGGCAGCCAACGUAUUUCUUUGGAAGACACGAUUACAAAACACCAAGAUCAACGUCGGUUUUCAAGGCCAACUACGAUAACCACACCAACGUCGCCCAUAACAAUGAGCUGAUAGAACAACGCACGACAUCGGCUACGGCGAGAGCUGUGAUAAAACGAGGUUUUUGUCGCGGUGCGGAUGUGGGUAUAAAACUUGCGGCUCCCGAAGACGUCGCGGCCGCGUUUAACAACGGCAUAUUUAUUGCUAGUGAGGAAGGCAACAGGGUAGACAACUCUCUUUCCUGGGUGAUCAAGUACAGCGUGACAGCGCCACCUAUGCGAAGAACCACUGCCUUGGUACGUGUCUUUGAAAAACGUUUCAGAUGCUGCUUUAGAACCAUGGCAUGUAUGCAGGGUCGGGUCGUUGUCAAUGUUGUCAACAAUAUUACCAACGAUGUGGUUCACGUUGAGAAUGACAUCGCAACUAUCAUCGGAGACGCAAUAGACCGACGUGAAAUAUACAUCCCAAACUGUGUCUUUGUUGAGGGAGAAGUGGUCAAGUGGUCAGUUAUUGGUAAACUACAUGUAACAUAUGGUGUAUCACAAGAAAUGGACCUGGCACAAGAGCAACUGCCUACGGGGGAGCAGUCUAAAAACAGUGACUAGUUUGGACUAACGUAAUGAAAUGUGCAUUUCUCAAAUGAUAUCGAAAAUUAUUUAUUAAUGUUAACAAUGGACAUUUACUUGUUGUACAAUUACUAAAAAAAUGGAAAAUAUUAAUUGGUCGGUUCUUUCUUACACAGAAAGCAAGUGCCUGUCUUGAAGCAGUGGCCGAAAGGUAUCCUAUCUAGUAAUAAUAAUAAGUGCAUUUAUAAUGCGCCAGAUUCAAUUCACCAAGUGGAUGCUCAUAGCGCUACAAAUAGCUACGCUAGCAAAUAUUACGGCCGUCCCCAGUCCACCCCGAUCUGUAAAUGAUGGAUCCCAUGAAAUAUGAAAUCCUGUGUUAAAGUGAAAUAAAGAAGGUAAUCGUAUGUACAAGUAAGGAGAUAAUCGGACUAUUUAACAUUGUCAGUAAUGUUUCAGGUACAUGUUGGAUAACAUGCUAUAUGAAUUGUGCUCCCUGUAUUUGUAAUGUUCACAGGAAAUAAAAAGAGGGAUGUUCAUUCCCCACUCAUGCUUU